CCGCAGAACACACGGUGAUUAAGCGCUCUUGUGUCAUCACGCACCGUGCGCGCUGACGUCAACACGCACAGUUCGCCCUUGUCCGUCCUCGCCGCCUCGCAAUGGAGACCGUGAAGGCCGCAAGUCCCGAACCGGAGCCAGUUGAGGAGGAGGAAGAGGAGGAUGUGGUGGACCCCAGGGAUGCGGUGAUAGAGCGCUGCACACGAGGCUGUGAGUCUCUCAAGGCGGAGCUCUCCAGCUGCGAGGCUCGCGUCUCGUCCCGGACUCGCACCCAGGAGACCUGUGCCCAGGAGCUGCUGGACCUGAUCCACUGCCAGGACCACUGUGUCUCAAAACAUCUUUUUUCUAAACUCAAAUGAAGAAACACCAUCUCAACCUCACCCCACCGACCCCCCCCAUCCUAACCUCCAGUUGCCUGUCGACGCUGUGCGUGCUGUAAGCACCAAUAAUAAACACUGAGUUGUCUCCAAAG